GAGAUCCUGGCUUCCUUCCCGAAAGGCUAUGAAGCGAUCAUGGAGUAUCUGCUGCAGAGGAUAAUUUCACCCCAGGCACCUGAGGACCAGAAGGCUGACCAGAAAACAGAGCUCUCAACACUGACUGCCACCAGGGCCAUCCACGAGAUGCUGCUGGUACCGAGUCAGCAGUCAGAGGUGCAGACCUUCUUCGCCUCCCUGUUUGUGGCACUGCUUUUCCAAAUCUCUUCCCUGGUGAUUAAAGGGAGCACCGUGGCCCAGGAUGAGCAGCAUGAAACCGAAUCCGUGAACCCCGUGAGUUUUUCUCUAGAGGCAUUGAAGACCUUAAUGCGCAGCUCGGGGUACAUAGAGCACUUGUCUUAUAUCCAGACACUUGGGGUCUGGGACCUGCUUGUCAGCCCUGAAAAACAUUAUGACGGAGUCACUCUGCUGGCCAGAUCCCUGGUCGUCAAGAAAUGCUGGCACAACCGCCCUGUUUUCAGCUUCUUCAUUAAGACCCUCCAAAGCCGAGGCUGCACCAAUUACUUCACAGCCCUGGUGUUUCUGACUGAG